AUGCCCCAUGGCACAGGGCACAGGGCUGGAGACCCGAGAGCAGCUGUGAUUCUGAGAGACGACAGCAGAAAGAUGAAACUGCACAGCAAGGUCGCCAGCCUGUCCUCCAUGGAGCUCAUCCCCAUUGAGUUUGUGCUGCCUACCAACCAGCGCCACAGCAAGACCCCUGAGACGACGGUGCUGCAGGUGGCUGGCCACUGCAAUGUGGAGAAGAUGAAGACUCAGAUGUGGCUGCGUGCCCUGGAGACCAGCUCAGAGUCUGACUUCUACCGUAAGCAGGACCCAGCUCAUUUCCUGCUGCUCUACCAGAAGGAGGAACAGUGGUACGAGAUCUAUGACAAGUACCAGGUGGUGCAGACCCUCGACUGUCUGCACUACUGGAAGGCGCUGCCCAAGAGCCCAGGCCAGAUCCACGUGGUACAGCGACAGGCACCCUCCAACGAGACACUGGCCUUCCAGCGUCAGCUCACCACUCUCAUGGGCUACGAUGUCACCGAUAUCAGCAACGUGCACGAUGACGAGCUUGAAUUCACACGCCGCCGCCUGGUCACCCCACGACUGGCUGUGGUGGAGGACCGUGAUCCCCAGCUCUACGCCAUGCACCCCUGGGUGACAUCUAAGCCCCUCCCGGACUACCUGAGCAGGAAGAUUGUCAAUAACUGCAUCUUCAUCGUCAUCCACCGCAGCAACACCAGCCAGACCAUCAAGGUGUCAGUUGAGGACACCCCACGCACCAUCCUCCAGAGCUUCUUCAUCAAGAUGGCCAAGAAGAAGUCUCUGUUGGAUAUCCCCGAGAACCAAAACGAACAGGACUUUGUGUUGAGGGUCUGCGGCCGCGAUGAGUACUUGGUAGGCGAGACGCCCAUCAAAAACUUCCAGUGGGUGAGACACUGCCUCAAGAAUGGGGAGGAGAUUCACCUGGUGCUGGACACCCCACCAGAUCCAGCCAUGGAUGAGGUGAAGAAAGAAGAGUGGCCACUGGUAGAUGACUGCACAGGUGUUACCGGCUACCAUGAGCAGCUGACCAUCCAAGGGAAGGACCAUGAGAGUGUGUUCACCCUCUCCCUGUGGGACUGCAACCACAAGUUCAGGGUCAAGAUCAGAGGCAUUGACAUUCCCGUCCUGCCCCGCAACACUGACCUCACUGUGUUGGUGGAGGCCAAUAUCCAGCAUGGGCAGCAGGUCCUUUGCCAAAGGAGAACAAGCCCCAAGCCCUUCACAGAGGAGGUGCUAUGGAAUGUGUGGCUGGAGUUCAACAUCAAAAUCAAGGACCUACCCAGAGGUGCCCUCCUCAAUCUCCAGAUCUACUGUGGCAAAGCUCUGGCACUGUCUGGCAAGACAUCAGCAGAGACCUCCGGCAUUGAGGCCAAGGGCAAAUCCCAGCUUCUCUAUUAUGUGAACCUGCUGCUCAUAGACCACCGUUUCCUCCUGCGCCAUGGGGAAUACGUGCUUCAUAUGUGGGAGAUAUCUGGGAAGGCAGAAGACCAGGGGACCUUUAAUGCUGACAAGCUCACAUCAGCAACCAACCCAGACAAGGAGAAUUCAAUGUCCAUCUCCAUUCUUCUGGACAGCUAUUGUCAUCCAAUUGCUUUGCCUAAGCACCAGCCCACUCCAGACCCUGAAGGGGACCGAAUCCGAGCAGAAAUGCCUAACCAGCUUCGGAAGCAACUGGAGGCCAUUAUAGCCACUGAUCCACUUAACCCUCUCACUGCAGAGGACAAAGAAUUGCUCUGGCAUUUCAGAUAUGAAAGUCUGAAGCAACCCAAAGCUUAUCCUAAGCUCUUUAGCUCAGUGAAAUGGGGACAGCAAGAAAUAGUGGCCCAAACAUACCAGUUGUUAGCCAGAAGGGAGGUCUGGGAUCAAAGUGCUUUGGAUGUGGGGUUAACCAUGCAACUCCUGGACUGCAACUUCUCAGAUGAAAAUGUGAGAGCCAUUGCAGUUCAGAAACUGGAAACCCUGGAGGAUGAUGAUGUUCUGCAUUAUCUGCUACAGUUGGUUCAGGCUGUGAAAUUUGAGCCCUACCACGACAGUGCCCUUGCCAGAUUUCUGCUGAAGCGCGCAUUAAGAAAUAAGAGAAUUGGUCACUUCUUGUUUUGGUUCAUGAGAAGUGAGAUAGCCCAGUCCCGGCACUAUCAGCAGAGGUUUGCUGUUAUCCUGGAAGCCUAUCUGAGGGGCUGUGGCAUGGCCAUGCUACAUGACUUCACCCGCCAAGUUCAAGUAAUUGAGAUGUUACAGAAGAUCACCAUUGACAUCAAAUCUCUCUCUGCUGAAAAGUAUGAUGUCAGUUGCCAAGUUAUUUCCCAACUUAAGCAAAAGCUUGAAAAUUUAAAGGAUUCUAAUCUCCCCCAAAGCUUUAGAGUUCCAUAUGACCCAGGACUAAGAGCUGGAGCCCUGGUGGUUGAGAAGUGCAAAGUGAUGGCUUCAAAAAAGAAGCCUCUGUGGCUGGAGUUUAAAUGUGCAGACCCCACAGCCCGAUCAAACGAAACUAUUGGAAUUAUCUUUAAACAUGGGGAUGAUCUCCGCCAAGACAUGCUGAUUUUGCAAAUUCUACGAAUCAUGGAGUCCAUUUGGGAGAAAGAAUCUUUGGAUCUGUGCCUCUUGCCAUAUGGCUGUAUUUCAACUGGUGACAAAAUAGGAAUGAUAGAGAUAGUGAAAGAUGCCACAACAAUUGCCAAGAUCCAGCAAAGCACGGUGGGCAACACAGGUGCAUUUAAAGAUGAAGUCUUGCAUCACUGGCUCAAAGAAAAAUGUCCCCUUGAAGAAAAGUUUCAGGCGGCUGUGGAGAGGUUUGUCUAUUCCUGUGCUGGCUACUGUGUGGCAACCUUUGUUCUUGGAAUAGGUGACAGACACAAUGACAAUAUUAUGAUCACAGAGACAGGAAAUCUAUUCCACAUUGACUUUGGGCACAUACUUGGGAAUUACAAAAGUUUCCUGGGCAUUAAUAAAGAGAGAGUGCCAUUUGUGCUCACACCGGACUUCCUAUUUGUGAUGGGAACUUCUGGAAAGAAAACGAGCCCCCACUUUCAGAAAUUUCAGGAUGUCUGCGUUAAGGCUUAUCUAGCACUCCGUCAUCACACGAACUUGUUGAUCAUCCUGUUCUCCAUGAUGCUGAUGACAGGCAUGCCUCAGUUAACAAGCAAAGAAGACAUCGAAUAUAUCCGAGAUGCCCUCACUGUGGGGAAAAAUGAGGAAGAUGCAAAAAGGUAUUUUCUUGAUCAGAUUGAAGUUUGCCGAGACAAAGGAUGGACUGUGCAGUUUAACUGGUUCCUCCACCUGGUUCUUGGCAUCAAACAAGGAGAGAAGCAUUCAGCCUGACAUUUGGAACUGUCGAU